AUGCCGACAUACUCAGGCUCGUGGUUUUGCCACAAUAUCGAAUACGAGCUGCAGCUAGAGUCUCCCGACGAUGCCCGGACCUCCCUUUGCCACUGUCGCAACUGUAAAAAAGCAUUUGGAACAAACUACGGGCUUACAGCCAAAGUCCCGAAAGAUGGAUUCCACCUUACAAAAGGAAAGCCCAAGGAACAUGCGGCAGACAAUGGGUCCGGAGCCAUAAUAUAUCGUGAGUUUUGUGAUAAUUGCGGCAGUUUCCUCUUGGAAUAUGGGGAGGCUGCCAAAGAUCAUUUCCGUUACAUCUGCGUAGGGUCCUUGGAUGACCCCGAAGUACUGCCUCCAAAGGGUGAAUUCUUCUGCAAAUCACGAGCGAAAUGGAGGCCAGAGAUACCAGACAUAUUUCACAAAGAAGAAGUCAAGCAGUAG